AUCGGAAUGCGAGGUCUAUUACUGCUAUGGGCUUGCAACGUCGCCCUUGCUUCUACCGGAUCGUCUAUUGGAGAUCUGACAGAACAGGCGCCGACUGCUGCCACCGAGCAAAUUAUUUUACCAAGGAUGCUGUUUCGGAAACGUCAGGGAUCAAAUUCUAGGUCACCAUCACCCGCGAAAAAACGUGCAAAUCGGUCCGGACUCAAAAAAUCCACCUCGGUUCCCGUUUCACUAAAGGAUUUUCAGAACUUACCUGACAGUGCAUUUCCACCAGACAAACUGACAAUGGCUUUGGCUGAAAAUCCCCCGUCUCCUAUCGAACCCAAACUUUCGGAAAAACGCAAGCUCCUAAGGAGACCCACUGAAAAGGCGCAACCUGAUAUGUCAGAUUCACCCAAAAGUGGCUUCAGCACUUAUCGGCACAUGGAUGAAGACUACUGGUCGAACCCUACAGAUAUGAAAGCGGUGCGUUCAAAACUGGAAAAGUGGGUGCCCAGUACGAAACCAAGAAGAAGAUAUACAGAUCGUCACAGUGACAGCGAGACACCUUCUCCACCUAAACCACCCUAUUCAAGAGGCUAGCAUUUUUAUUGUGCUUUUUUCUUUUAAAUUGCGUGACAAUUUCACCAAUUUCAUCCUGAGAUAACUAAAACCUGAAGCUGUACGUUAUUCGAUGCGUAAACAGAACUUUUAACAAAAUGAAUAUUCGUGUUACACAUAGCGUCUGAAGCAUGUUGAUUAAUUGAUCUUUGGAGCAUAUAUAUAUUAUCUCAAAUAUUUAUAUGUUUUACCUAUUUCAAUCACAAAGUAUUAAUAAAACUAUUUAUAAGCCCUGGUUAAAUUAGAAAUAAAAUACAUAAAGACUAACAUUACACGUCUUAUACUUAGUGUCCUCUAAAUUUGGUUUAGUGGGCAUUAUCUUACAUUGUAGGUCUUUCAAUUAUUUUCCGCGUUUAUUUUUCUUCGGUCACUGAUUGAAA